AUGGACCCUGCCACGAGAGCCAUACACCCGAACCCACGUCGCCCUGGCCUGCUGCCGCUCGCACCCGCACCCGUUGGAAGCUCGAGUCGGGCUUCCGUCGGUGCCGGCUCGAGAGGGAGGCGCCAGGUCACAGCCGCGUGCGAGGCCUGCCGGAAGCGGAAGUCGAAGUGUAAUGCUGAGCGCCCCAGGUGCAGCCUCUGCGUCCGGCACGGCACCGACUGCCAAUAUGCUACGGCUCCGGCGGAAACGCACUCCCAGGCCCUCAAGCGAAAGCACAGCGAGCUGCAGGACCGGAUCACGCCGUACGAGGAGCUCUUCGACUUCCUCAAGACCAAGUCGGACACUGAGUCCGUCGAGAUCCUGCGCAGGAUCCGGUCCGGCGCCGACGUCGGCUCCGUCCUCCGUCACGCAAAGGAUGGGGAUCUGCUCAUUCAACUCUCCCUAGCCCCUGAAUCCCGUCGUCGCUAUGAAUUCCCCUACAAAGCUGAAAUGCCUGCUUCCAUCCUGUUGCCGGAUAACCUCUACUUACGCUCCUUCGUAUUUGAAACCACAUUCAAUGAUCUCCCCUCUCUUGGCUCUUCUCACCUUUCGCAGCAGCUCCAGGGAUCUAGCGACGAUCGAUACCUCAAGCCCUUCCACGCGGCUCAGAUUAUCGACCCCAACUUUUCCAAUGUGGUCGUCUCGAAGUGGACCACUGUCACGUCCAACGACCACCUCUUGCGACGGCUCCUCACCGCCUACACCUACUACCAGCAUCCGUGGACCGCAGCCUUUCACCUGAAAUACUUCCUCGACGACAUGGCUGCUGGGCGGGAACGCUUCUGUUCGUCUCUGCUGGUCAACGCCGUGCUCGCUGCCGCCUGCCACAUGUGCCGCGAUAUCCCUGACCGCACCAAGUUUUGGCUUCCGCAUACGCUUGCGUAUCAGUUCUCGGCCGAGGCAAGAAGACUAUGGGACAUAGAGAGCCGGAAGAGCACAAGCAAUCUAACGACGAUCCAAGCAGCCAUCGUGCUGAGCAUCGUGGCCACCACUACUGCUAUGGACAAGGUCGGCACGUCAUACCUGUCGCAAGCCAUCGCUAUGGCAUAUAACCUGAACAUCUUCAGCGCUACCGCGGGCACCGACGACGAGGCGGUACGGAAGGCGCGGGCGUUUACGGCCUGGGGGCUCUUUUGCUGGCAAGCUUGGCAAGGCUUCUACUUCGGCAUCCCUCCUCUGAUUAGCCACCCUCCGCAAUAUCCGCUUCCCGACCCCCGAGUCGACCCCCAAUGGUAUGGCGAGAUAUGGGUGCGCUACCCGUUAAGCCAGACCUUGUUUCCCAUCAACCUCAGCCACGUCAUCCGGACGAACUUCGACCUGCGGAAGCUCAUGAACGACAUAGCUGGCGAGGUUUUCGUGGUGGGAAAGCCUCCCAACGCAACCGCCCAGAAGGUCCUCGAUCUGAAGUCUAGGCUCGACGCGUGGUUUGCGGACCUCCCGGAAACUCUGGCGCCGACGAGAGUUGUGCUUCCAGACCACCUCAAAAUUCACUUGGAAUAUUACGGCAUCUUGAUCUCGAUUAUGCGCUUCCCCGUAAAGCUUACGCCCAACCUAGAGGUGACCUGGCAUAACAUCAUCAGAUACGCGGAAGUGCGGCUGGAGACUCUACUACGUCUGUAUUACCUGCGGCAUAGUUUCGAGUGUUACGACCCGCUGCUGAUGCAGUAUCUUAUGCUCCUCGGUGACACGACAUUAGAGAAGUUGCACAACGCUACGGAGCCGGAGGACCUCGAGGCCCUACGGUCUACGCUAGUCCUGUGCGCCAAAGGCUUGUACGACCAAGGGCACAACUACCAUAUCGCCGUGCUCGUCUUCCGGCUGAUGCGUGACCGGAUGAAGGAGAACGACUUUGACUUGCUGCGCACCCACCUCUUCGCCUCGUCCCCUCCGCCCACGACUGCGAGCGAGAUCGGCACCUCCGAGGACGACCCGCCACUCAUGGUGAAAUACGUCCGGGCACAGUGGCAGGUACCCAUCCACACGCCCGACACCGGCCCGACGAAGAGGUCGCUGGAGUACCUCGUCCGGGAAUACGGGAUGCUCUCCCUCGAUUCCGAAAUUGCGGGCCAGGGUGGUAGCUCGGCAGAACCCGGGAGGCCGAGGCCGUGA